UCAAUAAUUUUGUCGAAUUCUUUUUCAAAACAAACAUUCAAAAAAAUGGCGGAAAAAAUUAGUACCUMGUCUUCCCGGGAUAAAAAUGGUAGAGGAGGACUACAACCAAAUAUGAUCAGAAGCUUGUGCGCAUUGGACAUUUGUAUCGCCGCUUUUAGACAAUGCGGGCUCAAGAAAAAUUUGGCGGAAUUUUUAAACAGGAAACUCGAGAUAAAGCAGAGACAGCAUUUAUAAAUAUUCAAAAAUCAUUUCCCUAGAGUUUUGAUAGUGAUGGAUUUGAAAUAACUACACCAUAGACAAACGCAGGAGGGUUUGGUGUCAUCAUGGACGAAGUGCAAAAACUUUCAGAGGCGCUUCCAGAUCCAGACGAACUCAAAUUCCAUGUCGAAGUUUGUCAAAAUUCUUUCAGCACAGCUCAACCAAGCUCAAUUCGUGACUAUGUUUAUCAGUUUCUAAUGUGUGUUGGUAUUUCUUAUGGCGAUUCUACGUUCACUCAAUUUGAAGAUCACUUCCUUAAAGAGCAUGUCAAGUCUGUGACAGUUUGUGACACUGAACUUGUAGCUAGAGAGACAAAGGCAAUUGAUCUUCAAAAUUGCAAACUUGCAAUCCAUGUYUUUCAACUUCAUGAAGAUGGUCCUGCUAGCGAGGAACUCGARGAAGAAAUAUCAGCUGCAAAUCACUGGUUAUUGCCUUCAAUUGAAUUUGAUGGCCUUUGGGAUAGCUUAAUAUUUGAUUCAGAAGUCAAGGCUCAGCUGAUAAACUAUGCUACUACAACACUGCUGUUUUCUGACAGAGGAGUAAACAGCAAUAUCAUCACUUGGAAUAGAGUUGUACUAUUACACGGUCCACCAGGAACAGGGAAGACAUCCCUCUGUAAAGCGCUCGCACAAAAACUAACUGUUCGCCUCUCAGAGAGGUAUAGYUAUGGACARCUGAUAGAAAUCAACAGUCACAGUCUUUUCUCCAAGUGGUUUUCUGAAAGUGGCAAAUUAGUCAUGAAGAUGUUUCAAAAGAUYCAGGAAUUGAUUGACGAUAAAGAUGCAUUGGUGUGUGUCUUGAUAGAAAAUGCACUAUUAACACAAAUCGAUCAGAUUAAACGGUAUCCCAAUGUCAUUAUAUUGACGACGUCUAACGUUACAGGCGCGAUUGAUUUGGCGUUUGUUGACAGGGCUGAUAUUAAGCACUACAUUGGUCCGCCGUCCGUUAACGCUUGCUACAAAAUAUAUCACUCGUGUAUCAAUGAACUUAUGAGGGUACGUUGUUAGUCUUGUUGCUGCUGUUGUUGCUGCUGC